UUCGCCAGCGCUUUUCUCACCACACAAUUUCGUUCGUAUUUGUGGGUGGCGGCGGUCGAUUUGCGCUGAUUUUUUGGCAGAGAAAAACGCAGCUCGCUGUUCUAACAUAGCACAAAAAGCACACUUGUUUCUUUUGCAACCAACCAGAGCCGCUCAAAACCAUCAAGAUGAUGUCCGAAUAUUGGAUUAUCUCGGCCCCUGGCGACAAGACCUGCCAGCAGACGUACGACACGAUGAACAACCUGACCAGCAAGCAACACAACCUGUGCAAUAACUACAAGUUCCAUAUACCAGACCUCAAGGUUGGCACCCUGGACCAACUGGUGGGCCUGUCCGACGAUCUGGGCAAGCUGGACACCUAUGUGGAGCAGAUCACCCGCAAGGUGGCCAACUACCUGGGCGAGGUGCUGGAGGAUCAGCGGGACAAGCUGCACGAGAACCUGAUGGCCAACAACAGUCCUGGGCCACCCGACGACAGCAUGCCGUGUCGCCACCACCAGCGCAUCAAGCAUCUCAGCCUGCGACACCAGCGAAAACACCAGCACACGCACCACCAAAACAAACCCCAACACUAUCAUCACCACCACCAUCACCACCAGCUGCCGCAGGAUCUCAAGGGUAAAUCCGCAGGGACCAGUUCUCCCGCCACGCCCCCGCACAUGCCCUCGCCCCCCACUCUUCCGUCUGCCUGUGCCUGCGACGUCCUCGCCCCCGCUUCCGGAUCCUUAUCCGGCGGCAGCCUGACUAACCUUUCGUCGGGCCACGACGCGGAGCCGGAGCCGGAGUUCGAUGGCUGUCCGUGCGACGAGUGCUUCGCCUGCGCCCCGCCCAGCACCAGUGCCACGGCCAGCACGCUCCUGGCGGACGAGUGCUACUCGCAGACGGCCUCCUCGAUGCUGAGUGCCACCCGCUGUGCCCUGUCCACGGUGGCGGCGAUAGCCACCGGGAGUGGACUGGGCGGCGGCGGCGGACUGGGCAGCGGUCCGAGCACCAGUGCCGCGGCCGCCGCUGCUGCCUCUCACAGCGUUGGUGGUGGGGUUGGGGGUGUGGCUGCGCCCGCCUCCUGCUCCACGCUCAGCUCCUCGGCGUACUUCUCCACGUCGGCGCCCACGACCAGCAGCUCGGUACACAGCAGCAUGUCCCGCUCUAACAGCAAGCGGCUGAAUAACAACACUUGCAGCAUCAACAAUAACAAGCUCAGCUUCCGCAGCGGCAGCCACGUGAGCCAGCUGCACCUGGCCACGCAUCCCCAGCAGCAGCAGCAGCAGCAUCAUCAUUCGCAUCCGCAUCAGCAGCAAACAGUGCAUCACAUGCCACAUGCCAAUCCGCUGCAAUCGCCCACGCAAAAGUCCAUGUCGGAGGACGACGAGGCGGCCCCCGAAGAUGGGGAGACGGACGAGGACCCCAAGAGUCCGCACAGUGUGCAGUCCGAUCUGUCGGACACCUUCGACUGGUGGUUCAAUAAGCCCAAGCGUAACUCUAAGAAGAGCAGUGCACAACAGCAACACGAGACACCAGCACCACCACCACAGCAACAUGCAACCAACAACCCACUGACCUCACAGCAACACCAACAGACACACCAGCAACAAACACAACAGACACAACAGCAACAUACACAACAGCAACAUACGCAACAGACACAACAACAACAACAACAACACCUAUCCAAAGCAAUGACAUUUUGGCAUCAAGCAUCGACCACACCGCGCUCUAGUUAUCGCUCUUUCUUCAAUUCUCUUGCCGAUCAAAUUUAUAGCAAACGUUCUACACCGAGUCAAUUAAAUAUAAACAAUGGAUUUAAUUUAACACCAACACAUAGAUCGUCUCCAGUGAGUAGUUGUUGUGGCAGUAGUAGCCAGGGGCGAUCCAGUCCGGACACGGAUCCCGCCGAGCCGCCCGAGUUUCCGCUGAGUCCAGCCGAACUGCCGCAGUACUUGACCCGCUUCCAAUGGGAUAUGGCCAAGUACCCGAUCAAGCAGUCGCUGCGCAACAUCGCCGACAUUAUUUCCAAGCAGAUCGGCCAGAUUGAUGGCGAUCUGAAGACCAAGUCGCAGGCCUACAACAACCUUAAGGGAAAUCUGCAGAACCUGGAAAAGAAGAAGACUGGCAGCUUGCUGACCAGGAAUCUGGCUGACUUGGUCAAGAAGGAGCACUUCAUUCUGGACUCGGAGUAUCUGACCACCCUGCUGGUCAUUGUGCCCAAGGUCAUGGCCAACGACUGGCUGACCAACUACGAGAAGAUCACCGACAUGAUCGUGCCCCGCUCGUCGCAGCUCAUCCAGGAGGACAACGACUACUGCCUCUUCAACGUGACCCUCUUCAAGAAGGUGGCCGAGGAGUUCAAGCUCCAUGCCCGCGAGCGCAAGUUCAUUGUGCGCGACUUUGUCUACAACGAGGAGGAGCUGGCCGCCGGCAAGAACGAGAUGACCAAGCUGAUGACGGACAAGAAGAAGCAGUUUGGUCCCCUGGUUCGUUGGCUAAAGGUCAACUUCAGCGAGGCCUUCUGCGCCCUGAUCCACGUGAAGGCGCUGCGCGUGUUUGUGGAAUCCGUGCUGAGAUACGGCCUGCCCGUCAACUUCCAGGCCAUCUUGAUCGAGCCCAACAAGAAGAGCGUGAAGCGUCUGCGCGAUGUGCUCAACCAGCUUUACGGUCACUUGGAUGGCGCCUCCGCUGGCGGUGCUGUCAGCAGUGCUGAUAAUGUGGACAUCCCCGGCCUGGGCUUUGGCCAGUCCGAAUACUUCCCCUAUGUGUUCUACAAGGUUAACAUCGAUAUGGUGGAGCAGGCCAAGGUCUAAGAUCGCCCGCCGUCGUCCCCAUACAUUGCACACAUCCAGCCACACAAAAAACACUUUACUACUACUAUAAAAACAACCAACUUCAACUUAAAAUCAGCUGAACCAUUCGCAGACAUCUAAUGAAACAAAAUUAAUAGAUUACUUUAAAUAAUUUUAGUCAUUGUUAUCUAAUUAUUGUUGUUAUUUAUGUUGCGCGUUGCCGAAUAUCUGUUUCAAAUCAACUUCCGGUUCGAGAAAUCGAGACACGCGCGUCAAUCGAGCAAAAAAAGAAAGAAAUCGUUUGCAAUCACCCAAGAUCUUGUAGAACUUCCCGAUCGUUCUUUGUCCCCCUUCAGUUCGCAAAACAGUAUUUUAUGUUUUUCAUAUGCCUUACUAUGAUUAUGAUAUGAUGAAUGAACAGAGUGUUUAACCCGUAGCCAAAUUUACACACAUUGUCGCUGAAGCUCCGGCUUUAGUUCUCCUUUUUCGUUUAUUUGUUUGUUUGUUUGGUAGCUAUACAAUAAACAUUUACAUUUGAGUUACAUUUUGUUUUACAAACAUUUCGUCUCGUUUCGUGCUUGUGCUCCACUUGGUAUCUGUAUAUCCGUGACUAACAGCCAACAUACAAAAACAUGCCCAAAAUAAAUUUAAGCCCAAAAAUGGUGUCGCAAAUCGCAAACCGAACUAAUUGCGCUCACAAAUUUCCGAUGCAAUGGUACGUUUCGAGUAAAGUCAAACUAUUAAUUAACGGAAGUAUUGUAUUUAUAAAUGUUGCCUAGAUGUUGAAAGUCUAAAAACAAGUCUAAGCCAUGCGCGCGCUGUUUGCAUACUACUAAUCGCUGAGGAGAACCGCUCGAGCCUCUUGUGGUUCUGCCUGUUUUGUUUAAGCCCGCGUGUUCGCUAACCCAACCAAAAACUACCAGCAGCGGACAAGGGUGAACCGGAUAUGAGAUAUGAACAAUAAUAUUAUAUUCGUAUGUAGAGUUUUUCAGUUUUUCCUAUUGCUAAAUCGAGAAUUGUGUACCGAGUUAAGCGAAACGUGAGAGAGAUACAGUAUCUAUUAUAUAAAUAUUUUAACGUUAUGCAUACUAUGUGUAAAAAUGAAACGAAAGAAA